ACUCUGUAGGUCAGUUUGUCUUUUCUGAUGAAGGAGAGCCAUAAAUCUAGUUUAUGAUUUCACUUGAAUGCCUUUUGUCAUGCUUUCGCAUUAGUGGGGGAGGGGGCCUUUAAACUGGUCCUGAAUUCAGAUCUAGUAAAUGAGGGCCAUAUGGAUGGGCCUGUGGCCUGGGUGCAGGGUGCCCCAGCGGGAUGGGGGCCUCGCUCCUGUCCAGCUGACCUCCUCUUUGCAGGAAGAGCGUUCGAGGAGUGAGCACAACUUAGUGAACAUCCAGAAGACCCACGAGAGGAUGCAGACAGAGAACAAGAUCUCUCCCUAUUACCGGACAAAGCUGCGGGGCCUCUAUACAACCACCAAAGCUGACGCAGAGGCCGAGUGCAACAUCCUCCGGAAAGCCCUCGAUAAGAUUGCGGAAAUCAAGUCUCUGUUGGAAGAGAGGCGGAUCGCGGCCAAGAUCGCGGGCCUGUACAAUGACUCGGAGCCCCCGCGGAAGACCAUGCGCAGGGGCGUGCUGAUGACCCUGCUGCAGCAGUCGGCCAUGACCCUGCCGCUGUGGAUCGGGAAGCCUGGUGACAAGCCGCCCCCACUCUGCGGGGCCAUUCCGGCCUCUGGGGACUACGUGGCCAAACCUGGAGACAAGGUGGCUGCCCGGGUCAAGGCCGUGGAUGGGGAUGAGCAGUGGAUCCUGGCCGAGGUGGUCAGUUACAGCCAUGCCACCAACAAGUAUGAGGUCGAUGACAUUGAUGAAGAAGGCAAAGAGAGACACACCCUGAGCCGGCGGCGCAUCAUCCCACUGCCCCAGUGGAAGGCCAACCCUGAGACGGACCCCGAAGCCUUAUUCCAGAAGGAGCAGCUCGUGCUGGCCCUGUAUCCCCAGACUACCUGCUUCUACCGUGCCCUGAUCCACACCCCCCCACAACGGCCCCAGGAUGACUAUUCGGUCCUGUUUGAAGACACUUCCUAUGCAGAUGGUUACUCCCCUCCCCUCAAUGUGGCCCAGAGGUACGUGGUGGCUUGUAAGGAGCCCAAGAAAAAGUGAUGCAGGCUGGCAGCCUCCUGCCACCUCACGGGGGCAUGCAACAAGACAUUAUGUGAAGAAAUAAAUGUUCUUCCCCUUU